GGCGAUUCCGACGACAUGGAGAAGAGGUCGAGCGGUCGCAGGUCCGGGAGGCGGAGAAAGUCACAGAGAUCCAACGACUCCCCUGGCGCAGACGCGGCGCUGCCCCAGAGCCCAGGAGGGGACGACGCGGUGUUCGACGACCAGGUGGCGCCAGACGCGGCCACCGAGAACGUCUCGGCGGGAAAGAAAGGGAAAUCUCCGCAGACGGCCCCCGACGGGGGCGUUACCUCCGCUGGGAGCCCGGAGUCCAAAGCCAGCUCUGGCCCCAAAGGGCAGCCCCAUGGAGAGUCGGACCGCAGCAAGCAGCCACCCCCAGCCUCAUCUCCCACCAAGAGGAAGGGCCGGAGCCGCGUCCCCGAGGCCUUGCCCACCCCGCCCAUCAGCGGCUCACGAACUCCCACCAAGGAGUCCCCGACCAAGAAGGCGCCCGCGCCCGCGCCCGCGCCGGACGUGUGCCCGGCCGCCAAGGGCGCCGCGGGGGAGAGUGGGGAGGAGCCGGCCCGGGUCUUCCCCCGAGAGCUCACGGUCAAGAGCAGCUCGCUGCUGCAGGAGAUCAAGUCCGAGCAUAAGAGCGGCCCACUCCCCAACUAUUUCGAAGGCCGAGGAGAAGGAAAUCGAAGUAGAGAACUGGGCAGAUCCGCAGGAGGUUAUGACGCCGACGGCUUGAGGCCGAGGAAUCAAUUCGGUGGGGCCAGGUCGAUGGUGACCACCAAAGUGACCCUUCCUGCCAAGCCCAAACAUGUGGAACUAAAUCUUAAAAACUCUAAGAAUCUUGACAGUUUGGGAAAUGAGCAUAAUCCAUUUAGCCAGCCAGUUCACAAAGGAAACACUGCCACCAAAAUCUCCUUAUUUGAAAACAAACGGGCAAACAGUAGCCCAAAACAUGCUGACGCUCGAGGCGCCAAGAACAUUCUUCCCUCUAAUAAAACAUUUGUUGGGCAGGCAAAACUGAAUUUAGCCAAAAAAGCAAAGGAAAUGGAGCAACCGGAAAAGAAAGUAAUGCCAAACAGUCACCAGAACAGUGUGCUGGUGAAGGAAACCCCGGUAGAAACCAAAGUGACUGUCCCUGAAGAGGAGACUGUGAGUGGGAGUCCCAAUAUAAGAGCAAUCGAAGGAGAUCCUACCGAAGAUCAAACUCUUGGUUCUCAGCUUAACCAAGGAGAUAAAGCAGAUGUGCGAACGGAUGCUGUCUGUCCUUCAGAACAGGUGGUUGCAGCUCUGGUUCCUGGCAAGGACCACAAGCUCUUGGGAGAGGAUGACUCGAAGGCUGCUAACAGCAAAGGACUUGUACUUGAAAAUAUGACUGAUACAGCACAAGACAUUUCCAUCACCCUUGAUACCAAAGAUUUACCUCCAACAGCCAUACCAAAGCCACAGGAUACGUUUUCUGACUCACAGUCCCCUGGUGAGUCAGCUAAUAGGCCUUCUCUUUCACCAUCUGAACCCACUCCUGUGGAUGUUCCCAAAGACACUUGUGCUCAAGUUCCCAUAAGCAAUUUGCCAUGCACUGAUAUAAAAGUGUCAGAAAACCAUAAUGGAUAUGUUUUGCCUGUGUCUCAUCAGAAUAAUGAGAACAUGUCCCUCUCCAAACUUGGAGGAGAAGUAAAUCCUCCUUUGUCCACAGAAGCUGUGGAAAAUGUGUGUCCCUCCAAGGUCUUUGUCCAGGUCAGAUCCUUCAUGCUCCAGGUGGAGAACACACAGGAUAUAAGCUCCCAGAUCGUCUCAGAUCUCUCUGAAGUUAGGGAAGUGCAGUUGCCAAGUUUUCACAAUAAUGAACUUGAAGUAGUUUCUGUUGCAAGUUGUACUCCCCAGAAACAGGAAGUGCUGGGCAAUAACAGCACAUCACCCAAACAUACUCAUUGCAAAGAGGAACAUGUGGCAAAAUCUGACCCACAAGCCAUGCCACUAGAGUCAGAGAAAACUCUGCCCAUCCAGGCUGCAAGUCAGGGCAGCAAAACAGCCCUCACAGCUGAAUCCAGCCCCACCAACUCUCCUUGCAGCAGAAAUAAUUUAGAAACGCUGCAAAGGCCAGAGCAGAAUGUAGUGAAUGACCAGCACAGCCCUGCCAGUCUUUUGAAUGUUUCUGCUUGUAGUGAUGAUAGUGCAUUUGAUUCUUCUGCUGAUAUGGAAAAAUUCACUGAAAUUAUAAAAAAGAUGGACAGUUCAAUUUGUGUGCCCCAAAAGAAAAAGAAGGCCAGGGUGCCAAACUCUCCUGCCCCUCACUUUGCCAUGCCACCUAUUCAUGAAGACAAUUUAGAAAAAGUAUUUGAUCCCAAUGUGUUCACCGUUGGUUUGGGGAAGAAAAAGGAAAGUCAGCCAGAGAUGUCACCAGCUUUACAUCUGAUGCAGAACAUCGAAGCAAAAUCCAAACUGAGGCCCAAAUGUGCAUCCACCAAAGACAGUAUCCUCUUCAAGUCCUUGAACGCUAACACUAAUGGGAAAAACGAACCUGUGGUGGCUCCAGAAAUAAAUGACAAAGAGAACAGGGACACCACAAACUGUGGGGUUAAGAGAUCUAGGCUAGAAAAGAGUGCACUUUUCUCAAGCAUGUUAUCUUCUACUUUACCACAAGACAAAAUCUUUUCUCCCUCUGUGACAUCAGUCAAUACCAUGACCACGUCUUUCAGCACUUCUCAGAACAGUUCUCUUUCUUGCUCUUCAGUGUUACAGCCGGUGACUGAGGGUGCCCCACCCUGUGGUUCAGACAAAGAGCAGCCAAAUCUAUCCAACAGCUCUUUCAAGGUCUUCAAUUUCGACUCAUCAACUACAUCUCAUUCGGGUUUAAAAAGCCCAAGCUACAUGGAAAAAUAUCUCCAAAAGGAGGAAGCCAAAAAAGAUCUGGAUUCACAAAGCAACCUACACUUGCCAGAAACGAAACUUCCUGAAUUUUCAAAACUUAAAAACAACAAUGAUACAGAAAAGGCUAAUCAUAUUGAAAGCGUUCUUAAACCAAACCUGCCAAAUGUUGGAAACAGUGACACAGGCUUCACGGGUCUUUUCAAAUCCAGCCGGUAUGAGCCAAACAUGUCUUUUUCUGGAAUGUCGUUAUCAGAUACAAUGACAUUUAGAGGAAGUGUCCAAAAUAAAAUCAACCCCCGACCUGGAAAGGUAGUGAUAUAUAGUGAGCCUGAGGUCUCUGAGGAUUGCAUUGAGGUUUUCAGUGACAUCCAGGAUUGUAGUUCAUGGAACCUGUCUCCAGUGAUUCUCGUAAGAGUCGUUAGAGGAUGCUGGAUUUUGUAUGAGAAACCAAAUUUUGAAGGGCACUCCAUACCCUUAGAGGAAGGAGAAUUGGAACUUUCUGGUCUCUGGGGUAUAGAAGAUAAUCUGGAAAGAAACGAUGAAGCAGAGUCUGCUAAGCCUGUGGUAAUUGGUUCAAUCAGACAUGUGGUCCAGGAUUACAGAAUUAGUCAGAUUGACUUAUUUACUGAACCAGAAGGGUUAGGACUUCAAAAUUCCUACUUUGAUGAUACUGAAGAAAUGCAGGUGUUUGGUAUAAUGCAGAAGACUUGUUCCAUUAAAGUACAUUGGGGCACAUGGCUGAUAUACGAACAAGCUGGAUUUCAGGGUGUGCCUUUCAUCCUUGAACCUGGUGAAUACCCUGACUUAUCCCUCUGGGAUACAGAAGAAGCGUACAUUGGAUCCAUGCGGCCUCUGAAAAUGGGUGGCCGUAAAGUUGAAUUCCCUACAGAUCCAAAGGUAGUUAUCUAUGAAAAGCCUUUCUUUGAAGGAAAAUGUAUGGAACUAGAAACAGAAAUGUGCAGCUUUAUUACAGAAGGAGGUGAAACAGAGCAAACGACUGGAGAGGAUGGUUUGCCAUUUACGUCAGUGGGGUCUAUGAAAGUUCUAAGAGGCAUUUGGGUUGCCUAUGAAAAGUCUGGAUUUACAGGUCAUCAGUAUUUGCUAGAAGAAGGAGAAUACAAGGACUGGAAAGACUGGGGAGGUUACAAUGGAGAGCUCCAGUCUUUACGACCUAUAUUAGGUGAUUUUUCAAAUGCCCACAUGAUAAUGUACAGUGAAAAAAACUUUGGCUGUAAAGGUUCCAGUAUUGAUGUAUUAGGAAUUGUUGCCAAUUUAAAGGAGACUGGAUAUGGAGCAAAGACACAGUCUAUUAAUGUACUGAGUGGAGUAUGGGUAGCCUAUGAAAAUCCUGACUUCACAGGAGAACAGUAUAUACUGGAUAAAGGCCUUUAUACCAGUUUUGAGGACUGGGGAGGCAAAAACUGUAAGAUCUCUUCCGUUCAGCCCAUAUGUUUGGAUUCCUUCACUGGCCCAAGGAGACGAAAUCAGAUUCACUUGUUUCCAGAACCACAGUUUCAAGGUUGCAGCCAAAGUUUUGAGGAAACAACAAAUCAAAUUGAUGAUUUAUUUUCUGCAAAGUCUUGUAGAGUUUUAGGAGGCAGCUGGGUUGCAUAUGAUGGAGAAAACUUCUCUGGUAAUCAGUAUGUGCUGGAAGAAGGCCACUAUCCUUGUCUGUCUGCAAUGGGAUGUCCUCCUGGAACAACUUUCAAGUCUCUUCGGUUUAUAGAUGCUGAAUUUUCAGAACCAACAAUUAUUCUUUUUGAAAGAGAAGACUUCAAAGGGAAAAGGGUUGAACUUAAUGCAGAAACAAUUAACCUCCGAUUCCUAGGAUUCAACACGCAGAUCCGCUCUGUUCAGGUUAUUGGUGGCAUAUGGGUUGCUUAUGAAUAUAGCAAUUAUAGGGGUCGACAAUUUCUACUGUCACCAGCAGAAAUACCUAAUUGGUAUGAAUUCAGUGGCUGCCGCCAAAUAGGUUCUCUACGACCUUUCGCUCAGAAACGGAUUUACUUCAGACUUCGAAACAAAGCAACAGGGUUAUUCAUGUCAACCAAUGGAAACUUAGAGGAUUUGAAGCUUCUUAGAAUACAGGUCAUGGAGGAUGUUGGUGCUGAUGAUCAGAUAUGGAUCUAUCAAGAAGGAUGCAUCAAAUGCAGGAUAGCCGAAGACUGCUGCCUGACGAUCGUGGGCAGCCUGGUCACAUCCGGCUCUAAGCUGGGCCUGGCCCUUCACCAGAAUGUCGAUAGCCAGUUCUGGAGCAUGAAGUCGGAUGGCAGGAUCUAUAGCAGGUUGAAGCCAAAUUUAGUUUUAGAUGUCAAAGGGGGUACACAGUAUGAUCAAAAUCACAUUAUCCUCAACACUGUCAGCAAAGAGAAGUUAACACAAGUGUGGGAAGCCUUGGUCCUGUAAAACCUGAAUAAACAGUGCAACACCACUCUUUCCGGGGGGUCCUUCCAGACACAUUUUUUAAGAAAAGAGGCCAUGCUGAUGGAAAAGCCAAGAGGAAAGAUUGAGCUACGCCUUCUUCAAUAAUUCUAAAUGCAAUCUUGAAUCACACUAUGACCACGGGAAGUGUCUCAUCUUUUUAAAAAACUGUAAUGAUUUUAAGCCAAUAUUUUGUCUUUCUUUCAUUUCUUGCGUUUCACUUCCUUUCAGUAGCUGUUUAAACAGGUUGUCUCAUGAACAGCUUUUGGGUGUUUUUAAAAAAGGUCAUAUCAAAACUUCAGGACUGGUAGAUUUUUAAUUAUUUCCAAAGAUACUGACAGAAGAGAGCAUGAACAAAUUUACCAGCUUUGUGGACCUACAAAUCCCUUAUACUUUAAAGGAAAGGAUAAAAGCUUAAG